GGGCAGGGGGGCCCUGGAACGCUUUCUGCCUCUUUAGCGCCGCGCGAGGCGGCGGGGCUUCCCGUCUGCCUCAGGGGGAGAUGUCGUUGCCGCCUGUCGCCAGCUUCGUGGCCGGUCUGGGCAACGCCUCCUCGCCCUCCUCCUCCGUCACCAAGCGGGUCCUAGAAAAAGACCGUUGCUUGGUUGUCUAGCAACGAGCUUCCUCGUGAGAGGCGUCGGAAGCGCGCCGCUCCCCAUCCUGGGAGUUGUAGUCCCUUCGCGGUCAGCGUUCCCAUACUGUUGAGCGGUAGUAGGAGCAAGGCUGGACUACAGCGACCGAGAGCCCCCGGGGAAAGCCUAGAAAAAGGUUUACCUCACACGCCUCCUAAUGCAGGAGUCUGUCGGGGCCACGGAAAGAGCGGCGGCUUGUAGCCCGAGACCCGCCUGGGGAAGCUCGCCGAGUUACUCUGCCUCCAUGAGGGAGGCCGGAGGGGAGUCGGGCUUGGCGGAGUCUCUGGAGCGGUGUCAGCAAAGCCUGCACGACCGCGCUACUAAAAGCUACGCUCAAUUGAAGUAUGCCUUCGGUGAAAAAGAUCUGGCAAUGGGAGAAGGUGCUCAGUUAUUUUCUAAUACAGAUCCUAAUGAGAGUGAGAAUAAAGCUUGGGAGGAGCUACAGCACAACCAUGCAGUUAAUCAACUUAAAGCUUUAUUACGACAACAAGAAGAAAAAGAGACUGAAACAUCCCCAUCGAGGAGGAGGAGAAUGUCACCCACAAGAACAUCUAAUGCUACAGAUCAAAAUUUGCCUGCCCUUUGUGAUCUCAUUUCUAUCAUUAAUGACCAGUCACAAUACAUUAACCACUUAGAAGCUGAAGUAAAGUUUUGUAAGGAGGAUUUAUCUGAACUGAAGUCUCAAAUAUGUACAGUUGUGCUUGAAAAUGAGAAACUCCAUGAUAAACUGGAAGUAACAGCAGAGCACACUUUGAGAGAACAAACCCUUCUGGAUGCCUCAGGAAAUACAAAAAAUGCCGGUGGUGAUGAUUCUCAUGUUUGUGAAACUGCCAAAUCGUCUCAUAUCAACGAGCAGGCUACAGCAGCUACAUUUCUGGUCGAUAAAUGGCAGCUAGAACUGGAAAAUCUAAAAUGUCUCUAUCAAGAACAGACAGAAGCACUUGAAGCUCAGGUUCUUUCCCUAAGAAAAGAGUUAUCAGAGUCUCAAAAAAAGUGUGAAGAUCUGAGUGGAAGAUUAAAGCAUCAGCAUUUGCUCAGUGCAGCAAGUAGUUCCAUCAGAGUUGGUGGCCUUUGCCUACAAUGUGCACAGCACGAAGCUGUUCUUUCCCAGACACAUUCAAAUGUCCACAUGCAAACCAUUGAAAGGCUAACAAAUGAAAGAGAUGAGCUAAUGGCAGCACUUUCUUCAGUCAGAGUAAACCUAAGUGAAAUGCAGCAAAGGGAAUCUAACGCUUAUGAACAAGUGAAGCACGCUGUACACAUGACGGAAGAAGCCAAUUUGGAAAGAACUAAGGCUCUAGUCCAAUGUGAACAACUUAAAAAGGAGAUGGAGAGAAAGAGAGAGCGUCUUGAAAGGGAAUUAGCAAUACAAAUAGAUAAGAGGGCUGAAGAGCGAGAAGCAGUUCGUGAAGAAAUGAAGAAAGAAAAAGAGAACUUGUCAUCGUUGGUUAUGUCUUUAUCUCAGAAUGUGGCUAGCUUGGAGGGUCAGGUUGACAGGAUUACAAGAGAGAAGAUCUCUUUAGCCAAUCAGCUGGAAGAAGCUCAGAAACAAAAUGCCUGUCAUGAUAUUGAGAUAAAUAAGGUGUGUGGAGAAGUACGCUAUCAGUUGAAUCAUGCCAAAAUGAAGAAGGAUGAGGCAGAAAAGGAACACAGAGAGUAUAGAAUAAAAACUGUAAGAGAACUUGAAAUUAAAAACCAGGAAAUAGAGAAAUUGCAAGUGGAGCUCAAUGAAUAUAAACUGCGUUUGGAGCAAGCACUGCAGGAUACAGCAAGAGCUAAGGAAGAAUGUCUGAAACAAACAGAAUUGCUGGGUAAAGCUGAGCACCAACUGCACCUCGCCAGGUUAGAAAAAGAGAACAUUCAGCACAGCUUUAGCAAUGAGGCAAAGACCCGAGCCCUUCAGGCCCAGCAGAGAGAGCAGGAGCUGACACAGAAGAUGCAGCAAAUGGAGGCCCAGCAUGAUAAAACUGUUAAUGAACUGGAUUCCUUGCUGAGUUCACAGAAUGCACUCUUAUCAAAAUUAAAAGAAGAGUGCUGCACAUUGGCAAAGAAGCUUGAAGAUAUGACAGAAAAAAACAGGUCUGAAGUCAGCCAGCUUACUCAGGAAAAUGAAUAUGUCCAUGACAGACUUGAGAAAAUGCUGAAAAGGAAUGAUGAAUUGGAGGAGCAGUGUAUCCAACAUGGAAGGAUGCAUGAGAAAAUGAAGCAAAGGUUACAGCAGCUUGACAAGCAUUGCCAGACUACUGCCCAGCAGCUAGUGGAGUUGCUGAACAAGCAGAAUGAGCUAUACAAGGAGAGGCAGAUGCUUACUGAGGAGGUGGAGUUCCUGAGGAUUCAGGUACCACUCAGAACCAGGAAAAAAUGAAUAAAAGCUAGAGAAAAACACUUGACCAUCAGUGACUAAAACAAAAGAACCGGUCCAAUACAGUUUCAACAUCUGAAUCCUGUGAAUGCAAAUUCAAAUCAUCACCUUCAUACAGUUGUUGAUCCGGACAAUCUAAGCUUCCCUCUACUUCCCCAGUUUUUGCCCUUUCUCCUUCCCUAGAAGAGGAGCUCAUUUGAAGGCUCAGCAGCCACAUUUGGACAUUACAUUUCCAGUAAGGACUGGAAAGAGUGCUGUAGGUGCCAGUUACAAAAAGGCACUGGGGCAUUUAAGAACAGAACACAAAAUGGCCGCCGCUGUGAAAAUAGCAUGCAUCCCAACUAGACCCGCACCCAUGGAGAAAAAGGCACAACAUGUUGCAUUUGUUCAGAGAGGUGCGCUAUUUGCACAGAAGGGAGGGGCAGUGGGUGUCCAGUCCCUGUGAAAUCGGGGCAUGUUUUAGGGGGCAGGCUCAGUGCAGGAGAAACAAACUAUCUCAUAUGUUGUGGAUUUUGGAGGGGAUAAUUGCUGCGAUUUUUUGCAGCUGCCAUAAGAAGUACUGGUGGGUGCACUUGGCACUAUAGCUGAACAUGAUAUGAUCCAGUUGCAGAGGGUCUUGAGGUUGUGUGCUCUCUCUUCCUUUGAGGAGUUCAGAAGCUGUCACAUGUGCUUUGGUCCUCUGAACCAAGAAACUAUGGGUUGUUUAAAAUUAUUGUGCAUGACUAACAAAGCGUGCUUUCCUUAUAUGGGGCAAAUACCAGAAACCUUGUGCUAUCUAUUCUGAAGUCUGACUAGAUAUGGAAUAUAUGCAACCUUCUUUUUAUAAAAGAGCUGCUUCCUAUAAAAAUCAUAAAAUUACUACUCGAGUUGGUAAAAAUUAAGGUGCUGGCAUACACACGUGUGUUGAUAAAUGGUAAAAUGUCUCUUCCACCCCUCCCCUCUUCCUGCAACCCUGUCUCCCUUCUCUAUUGAAUUUGAGAUGGGUUUUAAGUAUAUAUUUUAUUCAUAUAUUUCAAAUAAAAAAUAUUUAAGCUC